GAUGGAGCGUUUUCCUGGCUGCUUUCUUUGACAGGUGUUGAGUGGGGCAAAAGUCUUAAAACAGAAUCCAGCAUGUACGCCAAAGGUAAAGGAGCAGUCGUCCCUUCCGAUAGCCAAGCGAGAGAAAAGUUAGCUUUAUACGUGUACGAGUAUUUGCUGCAUGUUGGCGCACAGAAAUCAGCACAGACCUUCCUGUCAGAGAUCCGAUGGGAGAAGAACAUCACACUCGGAGAACCGCCAGGAUUUCUACACUCAUGGUGGUGUGUAUUCUGGGAUCUGUACUGCGCCGCCCCGGACCGAAGGGAGACAUGUGAACAUUCCAGCGAGGCCAAGGCUUUCCAUGACUAUAGUGCGGCCGCUGCUCCCAGUCCAGUGAUGGGCAACAUGCCACCCAAUGACGGCAUGCCGGGCGGACCCAUGCCCCCAGGUUUCUUUCAAGGUCCUCCAGGAUCUCAGCCCUCCCCCCACACGCAGCCCCCACCACACAACCCCAGCAACCCCAUGAUGGGACCUCACGGGCAGCCCUUCAUGUCUCCACGGUACCCAGGCGGCCCCAGGCCCUCCCUCCGUAUGCCAAAUCAGCCUCCUGGGAGCAUCCCCGGGUCACAACCCCUUCUGCCAAACAGUUUGGACCCCACCAGACCUCAAGGACAUCCAAACAUGGGAGGUCCAAUGAGAAUGAACCCUCCUCGAGGCAUGGGAGGAAUGGGCCCACAGAACUACGGCGGAGGGAUGAGGCCUCCUCCAAACUCCAUGGGGCCAGGGAUGCCCGGCAUGAACAUGGGUCCCGGCGGAAGAGGUCCAUGGCCAAACCCCAACACCAACUCAAUAGCUUAUUCAUCUUCAUCUCCAGGCAACUAUGUGGGCCCUCCAGGGGGAGGCGGCCCACCAGGAACUCCUAUCAUGCCUAGCCCUGGAGAUUCAACAAACUCAAGUGAAAACAUCUACACAAUGAUGAACCCUAUCGGCCCAGGUGGAAAUAGACCUAAUUUCCCAAUGGGACCAGGUCCUGAUGGGCCCAUGGGUGGAAUGGGAGCGAUGGAGCAGCAUCAUAUGAAUGGAUCACUAGGCUCUGGUGACAUGGAUGGGUUGCCAAAGAAUUCUCCCAACAACAUGGCGGGCAUGAACAAUCCUCCGGGCACUCCGCGAGACGACGGAGAGAUGGCAGGCAACUUUUUAAACCCAUUCCAAAGUGAAAGUUAUUCACCCAACAUGACGAUGAGUGUGUGAUUUUUUUUUUUUUUUUUUCUUUUGUUUUAUUUUAUUUCUUUUUCAUCUCCCCUUAUCCCAAUCUCCCUCUCCGGUGGUGCGACUUGCAUUACCCCUCUUCCUUCCCUUCCCUUUCCCUCUUCCUUGUGGAUGGUGUGCUGUGCCACACAGCCCCUGGGGAUGCCCCUGGAAAGCAGGACUCCCCUCAAGGCCCCCCACCCCAACGCCUGUAAAAUGGGUGUGAGAGCAUGAAGAGUCCGCCAAGCGAAAGGAAGGAUCUUUUUGUCUUCACUUCUCGGGUCUCAACACAGGUCCUAGGACAGCAAGAGACUGUCUCUCCAAAAAAACCCAAGCCUGCCCCUGUGGGUGGCAUUCAACCCCAGUCAAGAAGACAUUUGCAUCUUCUACCACUCCUUCAAAUCAUGCUGAUCAUAACUCAUGAGAGUGUGACUGAUGGAGGCUGAAACCUCGUUGAAAAACUCUGCUCCUUUGGCGGGAAUGAUUUUUUAAAAAGACAAAAAGAGGAACUGAUAAAGUUAUUUUAGGACAUGAAUUGUUUUCAUUCAAUGUUUGUAUUUUUGGUUUCAUGAUGGUAAUAUUAUUGUUAUAAUUUUCAUAAUUGAUAUUAUUCUACUAAUGUAGUUUUGAUUUCCUGUAAAGGGCACAUUUUAUCUCAGCAGCAGCAUCAACAAUGACAGAAUAAGCACACAGUGGAAAAAUGCACAAUAAUUUUCUGUUUACAUGAUUCUAGGUUUUAUUGUUGUUUGUCUUGUGUUUGUGUCAGUCACUUUCACUUCACACACUUCUCCCUACAAUCACCCAUAGCUUCAGUCGUUGCUGUUCAUAUGAUUGUAGCACUAAAUGCAAACUUUAAAGGUGAUCUAGAUAAUUGUCCACGCUAUUCAAACAGGCUUUUCUGAUACAAAGUGUCUGCUGGAUGAUGCUACGUCUUGCUAUCUUGUCUUAAAACGCCCCAUUCUCACAGCUUUCUAUGUUUUUACUGCCUGGAAGUGGCUCAGGUGCCAGUUCUCUCAGGUGCCAGAGUAAGAGAGCAUCACUUCUGUCGAUGUAAAUAAGACAUAUUUAGCUUGUAUUGUGGUUGUUUUGUUUUUUUUUUAAUAUUUUUGUUAUUUUAAAUUGUCUGUGAAUACCAGAAAACUUGGUUCCUUCCCUUUCAUCACUGUUGACUCCAAGCGGCACUUGUAAUCCCACCCAGGAGGCAUUCUGGUCCCUGGUUGAUGUCUCCUUUUGGACUCCUUGGAUAUUAUGGGACCUCAAAUAUGCUUAUGGAGUUUUCUUUUUGGACGCAGUUCUUCUACAUAAAUGGGACAAUGGAUCAGAGUACUGCAAUGCUGUAGCAGCCCUGAUGACAGGAGAUCAGAGGAUGCACCUUGGGGGUCAUUUGACCAUGCAGCCAAGUCAGUCUAAAGAAGAGGAAAAACAAUGGAAUACUUUUUUACAAGGCAACCCAUGGGGGAGGGGAGGCAGCAAAAUGGAGGGCCCAUGGAGUUGAGGAAAAUCAUGGUCCAUUGUAAAGUUAAGCUGUGAUCACCAUAUUUUAUAUUUAACCCCAAUAUUAACCAAUCUUAUUAAAGAAACAAAAUAUA